GGUCAGGCUGGGGGUCGACCUGGGGCCUGGGCCUGGGCUGGGCCGCCUGGGCCAGGACGCAGAGGCCGGGCGAGACGAGGCCCUGGGGACCCGUUGGGGUUGGAGCUGUGGCAGGAGAUCGGGGAUCCCGGACAGGCCCGGGGGGCAUGCGCUGCUCUCUCCGCGUGUGGGUGCUGCUGGGGUCUCUGGCCCUCCUCUUCCUCACUUCACUGCUCUUCUCUUUCUCUCUGAGAGGGGGUCCCGGCCUGCCCUACCUAGAUCCCGGGCCUGGCUGGGAAGAGUCCCGCAGGGUGAAGCUGGUGCCCAACUAUGCUGGAUCACACAAGCCAGUCCCUGCAGAGAGUGGCCAGCAGAAGACGUGCGCCUGCGCUCGCUGUGUGGGCGACCCCGGCGUGUCCGACUGGUUUGAUGAGAAUUACGAUCCUGACAUCUCGCCGGUCUGGACACGGGACAACAUCCAGCUGCCUUCAGAUGUCUACUACUGGUGGGUGAUGCUGCAGCCUCAGUUUAAGCCUCAUAGUAUCCAGCAGGUGCUGCUGAGGCUGUUCCAGGUUAUCCCGGGCCGCUCGCCAUACGGUUCGUGGGACCCCGCCCGCUGUCUGCGUUGCGCCGUGGUGGGCAACUCGGGCAACCUCCGAGGAGCCAGCUAUGGGCCAGUGAUCGACGGCCACAACUAUAUCAUGAGGAUAAACCUGGCUCCCACAGUUGGAUAUGAAGAGGACGUGGGCAGCCACACCACCCACCACUUCAUGUACCCAGAAAGUGCCAAGAACCUAGCUGCCAACGUCAGCUUUGUUUUAGUGCCCUUCAAGACUCUGGACCUGCUCUGGAUCACCAGUGCCCUCUCCACUGGCCAGAUCCGCUUUACCUAUGCUCCAGUGAAGCAGUUUCUGCGUGUGGACAAGGACAAGGUUCAGAUCUUUAAUCCAGCGUUCUUCAAGUACAUCCACGAUCGCUGGACAAGGCACCAUGGACGUUACCCCUCCACUGGCAUGCUCGUCCUGUUCUUUGCCCUACAUGUGUGUGAUGAGGUGAAUGUAUUUGGCUUUGGAGCAGACAGCCGGGGGAACUGGCACCACUACUGGGAACAGAACCGAUACUCCGGAGAGUUCCGUAAAACAGGUGUCCAUGACGCAGACUAUGAGGCCCAGAUCAUAGACCGGCUGGCAAAGGCUGGCAAAAUCACUGUCUUUCCUGGAAAGUGAAGUCCUAGAGUAGGUGACAGUGGGUGGACAAACUAAGCAACAAUGCAAGCCCUGCUCCAGCUGACUUUCUUUUAUGCUUGUGUACUGUUCACUAGUGCUUUCAGAAUGGAAACGGUCCUGAAGAAUGAAUCAGGACCUCCUCACCAACGCCCAGUCCUGAUCAGGAAUCCGCCCCCCCUCCCUUUUUCACCGGUGGUUUUGAUCGGAGGCGAUUGUAACUGUUCCUUCCAGGCCUACCUCAAUCAGGAAGAGGAACUGAACGAAUGAUGGACACUGAAGAUACGUGCUCCUCCCUCAAACCAGCAGGUGGGUUAAUCAGCGUUUGGAGCUGAUUAAGCCAGCUCCAGCUCAUGUUCAAUGGAAGGACUGCAUAAGGCUAAUACAGAAAAGUAUGUAACCGAACAUAACGGUUGUCAAUCAUCCCAUUCACGCCUGCCUCCCAUGUGCUCAGCCAGUGGACUGGGAGAUGGGUGCGAUUAGCCAAUAGUGACCGUUGUGAUCCUAGUGCUAUAAUCCUCUGUGGUUCAUAAAUGCUGGGAUGAGAAAGAACAGCCAGACUGUGCUGCACUGCAGCAGGUGGAGACCUCCUGUCGCCAGUGGGCGCAAUAGAGCGAGUGGAAGUUUACAUGCUCUUACGAAGCGACAAAACGUUUUUAGUCUGUUGUAUUAAUUCUUUUAUCAGUACGUUUUAUCCUGUUAAAGGGUCAGUGUGACCCUGCAUCACUGUGCUGUCACAGCCAUUUGAACAGAUGUUUGUCAUUACUCAGUACAACUCACUGUUUCAUUAUUUUAAUUAAUAGUUACCAUACAGUAUUAGUCAUCUUACUGGAGCAUUUAAAGAGAAGAAGUGAAGUCCACACUUACCGUCAUUGGUUGAACUGAAACCACUUAUUUAGUCCAGUAUGCUCAGUCUGCGUUUAGACGUAUAUUUAUAAAUUGAUACUUGUUCUAAAUUUGUUCAGUGUCUGCAGAGG